UCAUCCCAACAUCCAGAGGUCCCUAUAAAUUCGAACACUGACCAACUUCACUGUUUAGUGAGCUCACUUCCUUUUCCUACGUAGCUACGAAAGAAGAAACAUGCCGUUAGCAAAAGAUUUGUUGCAUCCCCUCGCAGCGGAAGAAAAACGCAAGCACAAGCUCAAGCGCUUGGUGCAGCAUCCAAACUCGUACUUCAUGGACGUCAAGUGUCCUGGUUGCUACAAGAUCACGACCGUUUUUAGCCAUGCCCAGGGAGUAGUUGUUUGCGCAGGAUGCUCAACGAUCCUGUGCCAGCCCACAGGCGGACGUGCUAAACUUACAGAAGGCUGUUCAUUCAGAAGAAAGCCACAUUAAAGUCGUUCAUCCUUUUUUGAUUUAAGUAAGAGGUGUACGAAUAAGCUUUCAACAUUUCCAAUUCGAUCUUAAGUGAAGCUAUUUAAAGCUGCUGCUGAAUAAAUGGAUCAGUGUAUAAAUAAAACCACUUAAUAAAAAGAUUGAUUGUUUAUUCGGAAA